AUGUCGCAGAAACCCAUUUUCGUGGCCACGCAUCCGCGAGCAUGCUCCACGGCCUUUGAACGAGUCUUCAUGACUCGUCGGGACAGCAUCCAGUGCAUCCACGAGCCGUUUGGCGAUGCCUUCUACUACGGGCCCGAGCGGUUGUCGGGCAGAUUUGCCGGCGACGAGCAGGCUCGCCUGGAUAGCGGCUUCAGCCAGUCGACGUUCCAGACCGUUCUGGAUAGGAUCGAGCGCGAAUCUUCUGAGGGCAAGCGCGUCUUCAUCAAAGACAUCAUGCACUACCUGCUCCCUCCAUACGGCAAGCCGGCCAGCAUUGCGCCGUCGCUGCAUAGAAUCAAGCGCGGCGUGGGGACGGAGCAGAGCGUAGAGAAGGCCCCCCAGCAGCAGCCCCCGAACGGCAUCAACCUCGCACAGGUGACACCGCCAGCGACCCCGACCGGGGCGCCGUACCCGUACGACACGGCGGCCGAACCAGGCAACCCGACCGUGAUGCCCACGGAGCUGCUGUCCUCCUUCCACUUCGCCUUCCUGAUCCGCGACCCCCACCACAGUGUCCCGUCCUACUACCGGUGCACCAUCCCGCCGCUCGACGCGGUGACAGGAUUCCACAACUACGACCCCUCGGAGGCCGGGUAUGACGAGCUGCGUCGGCUAUUCGACUACCUGCGAAGCGUGCGGCUGGUCGGGCCGCACAUCGCGACGCUGGAGCGCGACGCGGACGAGAUCGACUCCUCGCUGAAGCCGGCCGUCAACGGGUUCCCCAAGGAGGCCGGGGCCGAGAUCUGCGUCGUCGACGCGGACGAUAUGCUGCAGAAGCCGGCGCCCAUGAUCGAGGCGUUCUGUCGGAGUGUCGGGCUCGAGUAUGAUCCGAGUAUGUUGUGCUGGGAUACCGAGGAGGAUCAUCAGUGCGCGUGCGAGGCGUUCGAGAAGUGGAGGGGCUUUCAUAAUGAUGCGAUCGAGUCGAAGGGACUGGUUGCUAGACAGCAUGCCCCCGUCGUCAAAACCGAAGCUCAGUGGGACGCCGAAUGGCUGAAGAAGUACGGCCCGGACGGCGCCGCCCUGAUCCGCUCGGCCGUCGACGCCAACAUGGCCGAUUAUCUGUAUCUGAAGCAGUUCGCCAUGCGCGUGUAG